CUUCGCGUGGGAGGCGCGUCUCACGUCACGGCUGCCUCGAGCAUUGUCGGGGUAUAAUUGCGUCCACGCCCGUUGUUGUCGCGUCGUCUCUACAAACACCUGUACUACUGCGAUUGCAGCGUUGAGGUUUGUUGCCACACAAAAUGCCGGCGGAUAUUCGAAGCUUCUUUGGUGGUGGGCCGCCCAAGGCGAGCCAGGGCAGCGAGGGCUCGCAGAAGAAAGAGACGAAGCCUGCCCCCAAGAAAGCAGCACCCAAGAAGGGUCGUGCGAGUCGCGUUGUAAUGGACGACUCCGAGUCCGAGGAGGUUGAAGCCAAGCCCGUGAAAGCAACGCCGAAGAAACCCGCGCCCAAGAAAGUGAAGCGCGAACCGACGCCCGACCUCGAAGAGACAACGACAUCCGACUUCUUCGCGGCAUCGAAUAAGCCCAAGCGCAGCGAGCCUGUCAAGAGAGCGGUCGAGAAGGCCGUCGAGACACCCAAAGCUACACCGAAGAAGGCGGCCGGGCGAGCAUCGAAGACUGCCACACCGGCGACAAAUGGCAGGGCGUCUGGGAGGGCGAAGAAGCCCGUCACAUCCUAUGUGGAGCGGGAUGACGGGGACGAGUUCGACGACGACGAACUGGACAAUGCAGACGACAUCUUCGGGGACGAGUACAAGGGGAAAGGCAAAGGCAAGGACGAUUAUGUUGAAGGUGUGGACAGUGAUGAGGAUGUGCCAAUCAAGCUGCCACAUCGCGCAACACCAGCGAAAACAAAACAGCUGAAGGUUGAAGAUGAGGAUGACUUCGAGCCAGAGAAAGAUGUCGAUAUGGAAGACCCCGAUGACGACCUCUUGGAGCCUGAGCCUGAGGAGCGGGUCGUCAAGAGCGAGCCCAAGAAAGCUGGGCGAAAACGCAAAUCGCCAGAAGUAGACCUGGACGAAGAGGAGUCAGAGGAGGAAAAGCCAAAGAAGAAGGCCGCAAAGAAAGCAGCUUCAAAGUCGCCGGUCAAGAAAAAGGCCAAGAAAGAAGACGCGGUAGAGGACGCUGGCAUCCAGGCUAUCUACGACAGCAUACCGACUGUGCGCGCGCCGACUCCGCCGCCACCGGAUGUCAAGUUUGAUUGGAGAGCAAACGCAGGCCGCAGCGAGCCGGCGCCUACCGGAGGUGGAUCCAGCGAGAUGCCGUCUGGCUCUGAGACGUGUCUUGCUGGGCUCAAUUUCGUAUUCACUGGCGUCCUGCAAAAGUGGGGUCGCACUGAAGCGCAGGAACUUGUGAAGCGGCACGGAGGCAAAGUUACUGGAGCGCCUAGCAAGAAGACCAACUAUGUCGUCCUUGGGUCGGAUGCUGGCCCCAGCAAGCUGCGGAAGAUCCAGGAGAUGGACAUCAAGACUAUCGACGAGAACGGGCUGGCAGUGCUUAUCGAGAAGCUCACCGCAGCUGGCAACAAGGGCGACUCGAAAGCGCAGGCAGCUCAUCGCGAGAAACAGCGGAAGGAGGAGGAGAAAAUCAAGGCGCAGGCGGCUGAGCUCGAGCAGCAAGAGAAGAAGCGCUUGAAGGAACUGAAAGCGGUGCAAGCAGCAAAGGCAGCCGCUGGAAAGGCGCCCGCGCCGGCUACCACCGCAGCGAAUGCUGGCCCUGAGGUCGACGCCCGUCUGUGGACGACAAAGUACGCGCCCUCAUCGCUGGCCCAGAUCUGCGGCAACAAGGCUACGGUUGAGAAGCUUCAACGCUGGUUGCAGAAGUACCCGAAGAACCUCAAGACUGGGUUCAAGCUCGCCGGCGCAGAUGGCAGUGGCGUGUUCCGCGCGGUCAUGAUCCACGGUCCACCAGGUAUCGGCAAGACUACAGCAGCACAUCUAGUCGCCAAGCUCGAGGGCUACGAUAUCGUGGAGAGGAACGCCAGUGAUACGCGAAGCAAGAAGCUCAUCGAGGACGGUCUGCGCGGUGUGCUUAGCACAAAUUCGCUGCACGGCUACUUCGCCGGCGAUGGCCUGAAGGUCGAGGCGUCCAAGAAGAAGCUGGUCUUGAUCAUGGACGAAGUCGACGGCAUGUCGGCGGGUGAUCGCGGUGGUGUUGGUGCGCUUGCUGCUGUCUGCAAGAAGACGGAAGUCCCGAUGAUCCUGAUCUGCAACGAUCGCAAGCUGCCAAAGAUGAAGCCGUUCGACUACGUCACAUACGAUAUGCCCUUCCGCCGACCGACUGUCGACCAGAUCCGCUCUCGCAUAAUGACCAUCGCGUACCGCGAGGGUCUGAAAAUGCCAACGCCCGUUAUUAACGCGUUGAUUGAGGGGAGCCAUGCCGACAUCCGCCAGGUCGUCAACAUGCUUUCGACAGCCAAGCUGGACGAGGAGGCGAUGGACUUUGACAAGGGCAAGCAGAUGAGCAAGAGCUGGGAGAAGCACGUCAUCUUGAAACCGUGGGACAUCACACAGAAGAUCCUCGGCGGCGGCAUGUUCGCCUCGAGUAGCAAGGCCACGCUAAACGAGAAGAUCGAGCUGUACUUCAACGACCACGAGUUCAGCCCGCUCAUGCUGCAGGAAAACUACCUCGGCACGAACCCCAUUCUCGCGGCCGGCCACUCUGGCAAACAGUCAAAUCUGAAGAAGCUCGAGCUCGCAUCCCAAGCCGCUGAUAGCAUCAGCGACGGAGAUCUGGUCGACCGCAUGAUUCACGGCUCGCAGCAGCAGUGGAGUCUGAUGCCGACACACGCAGUGUUCAGUUUCGUCAGGCCGGCAAGCUUCGUGUCUGGCAGCACUGCCGGCAACCAAACCCGCUUCACGUCAUGGCUGGGCAAGAACAGUAAUCAGGGCAAGCUGACGCGCCUCGUCAAAGAGAUCCAGGCCCACAUGCGACUGCGGUCGUCGGGUGACAGACACGAGGUUCGACAGCAAUACGUGCCCAUACUGUGGACGGAGAUGGUCAACAAGCUGCAGCGGGAAGGCAAAGAGGCGGUGCCCGAGAUCAUCGAACUGAUGGACAGCUACUUCCUGACGAGAGAAGACUUCGAUGCUAUCAUGGAGUUGGGCGUCGGGCCCAUGGACCAGGACAAAGUCAAGCUUGAAACCCAGGCCAAGGCUGCUUUCACACGACAAUACAACCAGCAAUCCCACCCCCUGCCCUUCAUGAAAGCCUCCUCCGUCGCCGCCCCCAAGAAACAAGCCAAAGAAAAACCCGACCUCGAAGAAGCACUCGACGACUCCGACGAAGCCGAGGUCGUCGAGGAACCCAAGGACGAAGACGAAGACGUCGACCUGUCAAAGGAUAAAUACGUCAAGCAGCCGAAGAAAAAGGCCGCGCCCAAGAAGAAGGCUGCGCCUGCGAAGGGGAAGAAGAGGGCGAAGGAGGAUAGUGAGGAUGAAGAUGAGGAUGAGGAGGAGGUUAAGACGGCGGCGAAGGGGAAGGGGAAGGGGAAGGCGGUGGCUAAGGCGAGGAAGAAGUAGGUGCGUGUGCGUGCGUGUGUGUGUGGAUGACGGGUGCUGGGAACGGGC